AUGCCUUCCAUAGCUGGUCACACCCUCCUAGUCAUCGGAGGCUCAUCUGGUAUAGGCUUUUGCGUUGCUAAACUUGCUCUGGCAGAGGGUGCCCGGGUAGCAAUUGCUUCCUCAAACGCAGAACGAGUUACCCAUGCAGUCGAAAGGCUAUAUCAAUCCUCGGAUUCUGAAAAUGCGAAGAAUGUACUAGGAUUCACCGUCGAUCUCAAGCAACAUGAUAUCGAGCAGCAACUUGGAAAGCUUUUCACAGAUGUCAAAGCGGGCUUCGGAGACGAACUACUAGACCAUCUCGUCUUCACUGCCGGAGAUGCCAUUGGAUAUCGCGCAACAAAGGACAUCGAUCUCGACUUCAUCCAACAGAGCGGAAUGGUGCGAUUCGUAGCUCCUCUCUUGAUUGGGAAGCUUGCUCCACAAUUCUUCAAAUGUCAAUGGUCGACUUCCAUUACUUUCACCAGUGGAAGGGUCGCUGAAAGGCCUCUGCCUCAGUACACUGUCAUCGCGGCCUACGCAGCAGGAACUGGAGGUGUCACGCGAAACCUUGCCCUCGAUUUAGCACCCAUCCGUGUCAAUCAAGUCAACCCUGGAAGUGUUCUCACUGAGCUCUGGGGUCCUAAUGGUGCAGAGCGUGCUCAAGAGGUAUCUAAAAAGACGCUUCUUGGUAAGGUCGGCACACCAGAAGACACGGCAGAAGCCUAUAUCUAUCUUAUGAAGGACACCACUGCCAACGGGACUAUUAUCAACAACAGCGGCGGAGAAUUGUUGAGAUAG